AAAUAUUUAAUUGUUAAAUGAGGAAUUCUUAAGAUUAUUGAAAAUAAUUGAAAGCUUAACUUUUCUGCAACUUUAAUCAAGGAAAUGAUUUUUCGUCAUCAUAGACAAUUAUGGAACAUAACAAAAUCAUUUUUUCAUGAAAUGAAAACUGUCACAGUUAGUCAAGGAGUUGUGCGUGGGUGUAGAGAAGAAUUGCCAAAUGGCAAAUCAUUUCUUAGGUUUUCUGGAAUUCCUUAUGCAAAACCACCGAUCAAUGAAUUAAGAUUUAAGUCACCACAAAAGUUGUUGAAAUUCGAAGAAGACGAAAUCGAUUGCACCAAAGAACGUGACGCUUGCUUCCACAAAUGCACAUUAAAGAAGGAAUAUGUGGGAUCGGAAGAUUGUUUGAAUCUUAAUAUUUAUGUACCCGAACAGACAGAUUCAAAUGAACAACUCGCUGUCAUGGUUUACAUUCACGGUGGUGGAUACAAAUACGACUCAAACUCCAAAGAUUUAUACUCUCCAGAAUAUUUACUGAUGGAAAAUGUCAUUGUUGUGACAGUUAAUUACCGUCUUCAAGCCUUAGGAUUCAUGUGGCUGCCAAAAAAGGGAAUUCCCGGCAAUGCAGGGUUGAAGGAUCAACAAAUGGCUUUAGAAUGGAUUCAUGAAAACAUUUCAAUUUUCAAUGGAGAUCCUCAGAAGAUUUGUUUAUUUGGAGAGUCUGGAGGAGCUGGAAGUGUUCAUCUUCAUGUUCUGAAUCCAAAAUCAAGAAAGUUCAUUAACAAUGCAAUUUGUCAAAGUGGAACUGCGAUAAACGAUUGGGCGUUUUAUGGACAAAAUGAAGAAACUGUUCGAACAUCAACGAAAGAUUUGUACGAUAAUUGUGAUAAAGUUCUGACGACAGAAGAUCGAAACGUUUGGAUUCGAAACAAAUGGCGAAUGGUGAUAGAAGAAGAAUCAGACGAUGCUUUCAUAACUGAAUCGUCAAUAAAAUCCUUGAUGAAACAAGCAGGAGAAAUCAACUUUCCCAUCAUCUUCGGAACUAACAAUGGCGAUGGAAUAAUUGUCGUUGCAAGUAUUAUCUCAAGAAAUAAACUGAAAUUUGUUAAUGAAAAUUUCAUUUCGAUCAUUCCGAGAUCACUGGAAAUUGAAUCUCGCGAAGAAGCUGAAAAAGUUGCACAACAAAUCAAGAAAUUUUAUUUGAACGACAAUGAUUUGUCGAUGGAAAAUGUUGAAGAUUUCGUAAGACUUCGAACUGACGUCGAUUAUUUGUUUGCACAAACAAUCGCAAAUGAUUUGAACGUUCGUUACCAGCCAGGAUUGAAACAAUUUCUUUAUGAAUUUCAAUUUGACGGGAAAUUAAAUUUACAAAAGAAAGGAAUGAAUUGGGGUCAUCUACCAGUUGCUGGACAUGCUGACGAUAUUUUUUAUCUUUUUGGUGGUUCAUUAGCCGACAAAAUUGAACUUGACGAAAUUUCACGUGAGUCGAAAAUGCGACAAUUGAUGUGCAAGUUGUGGACAAAUUUUGCCAAGUUUAAUGACCCCACACCAGAUCACAAUAAUCCUUUGCCAUUUAAAUGGACUCCCAUCGAUAAAAAUGAAGUUGACUUCAGUUAUCUCGUCAUCAAUGACAACAUGAAAAUGUCUCGAAAUCUCAAUAAAUCGCGAAUGGACUUUUGGAGGAAACUUUAUAGAAAAUGGAACAAAGAUUACAUGAACGCUCAGAUUUAG